CUUGGAGUUUUACAUACACCCAUACAGCGUUGGCGCUUGCCCGACAUACCGGAUGACUUUGAAGUGUUCGUUAAACGUGAUGAUAUGACAGGAAGUGUUUUAACAGGCAACAAGGUACGCAAGCUGGAGUUUCUAAUGGCCGAUUGCGUGGAUAAAGGCUGCCAGGCCAUCAUAGCAUGCGGAGGAAUCUUUUCAAAUUCUUGUAGAGCAGCAGCCAUAGCAGCAAGGCAGAUGGGACUCGACAGCCAUCUACUCCUGUGGUCAAAAGGAACGGAGAUGCCUUUCACGGGAAACGCCCUUCUCGAUAGGUUGGUGGGGUGUAACUUCUACUUGAUGCCGAAAGAUUGCCCAUUCCAGACAGACGUUUACCCACGUAUGCAUCAGCUCCAUGAUCACAUCUUUAAAACAUCAGGGAAGAAAGCUUAUGAGAUUCCUUUUGGUGGGACCAAUGAAAUAGGAGUGUGGGGUUACAUCGAUUGUUUUCACGAACUCAUGGGCGAGGGACUAUUUGAAUCCGGUUUCACUGAUAUAGUGAUAGCUGGCGGAAGUGGAGGGUCUGUUAUAGGUCUUGGGAUAGCAAACUACCUGACUGGAAGUAAAUUAAAGAUUCACGGGAUGGCUGCGUGUCUUGAUAAAGAGUAUUUCCACAACGAAGGCGAUAAGAUUCUCAGGGCACUCGGUCUGCAGGAGGAGGGUGGCUCAGGUGUAAAAACGAAAGACAUUGUCCAGUUUGCCGAAGUCGUGGGCAUCGGGUAUGGCAUCAACACGCCAGAGGAAAUGGAAUGUAUAGAGAAGAUCGCCACGACGACUGGUAUAUUCGUUGAUCCGGUUUAUUCAUCAAAGGCUGCUUACCAUCUUAUUAAGAUGAUGAAUGAGAGUCGAGAUUCACUAAAAGGAAAGAAAAUACUCUUCAUCCAUACAGGUGGUGUAUUUGAUCUUUUCAGCGGCGUCUUCGCUUCCAGGAUGAAUGCAAAAUCUGCCGCUCAAAACAGGGUUCACGAUUGGAUGGAACUCACUGACAAUGUACCAACCUGUCAAUGAAUCAGUGGUGACAUAGGCUUUAGAAGAUUUCUCACAAUAAAUGCGUUCUCAUCUCCGUUAUAAACCGAUGAAUGUAGACGGCGUCAGUACUCUGCAUGGCGCAGAGCACUGUGUUGCUGCCCUCUACAUUCGUUGGUAUAAACUUUAUACACUUUGAUUGGAAAAUUUACUGAACGUUGUUAUUGUUAAUUCGUGCUCUACCCUUGUCUUUUUGUCUUCCAUGAAAAUAACUGACCGGCAAUAAAAUUACGAAAAAUUGGCAAUAUAUUUUCCGUUUUAGGAGAGUUUAAGAUUAUCAAAGUGACCAUCCUCAUUAAUUUAUUAGUUCAUGGAAUUUUACCGCCAAAUUUGAAAUUGUAGUAACGAAUUGAAUAUAAAAAAAAAUCAAGAAGAUUGAAUAAAUUAAGAAAGCAACGGAUGGGGGUAGAGGUGAGAGAAAAGACAAAGGGAGGGGGUCGAGGAAAACAUCUGAUAUGCCUCAAUUCAGAAGACAUUAUUUAAAAGAUAUUGGUGUUUGAUUUUUUUUUUUUUUUUAAAUAGAUCAUAAAUAAAAGAGAGCUUAAGUAAAUCUAGAGAGAGAAGAAAAAGGAAUGGGCUUACUUGAUGAAAUUUGAAAUGCAUGACUUUAAUAUUGACCAGGUAAGUUGUAAAUAGGGAGAGAGGGGGAAUAAAAUGUUGUCCCAUGCAUCUCGGUCAUUAUAAAUGAUGGGAAACAAGUUGUCUGUGAGCAUGGUGAGCCUAUCUAUACGUCGGGAAACUUCCCAAUGUUUUUAGGGGUUAACUAGCAGUUAUUGGGAUUCGAGCGUUCCUCAUAAUUUCAGUUUGCCGCCAUUUUUGUAAUCAAAUCGAAUGAAUUUAUACUCUGAGGCAAUAAAGCAAGAUUGUUGUUACAAAUUGACGAGGGGAAAAGGUGAAGCAUGCGAUAAAUGGGGAUUUAGGAACCUUCGCAGGAAACCUAUUAAUGUUCCUGAAUGCUCCCCCCCCCCCCCACCCCCCGCCUUCAAACCAAUAGAAUAAGGCAGGCUGAUAGAUGUAGAUUAACUCAUUUUAUAAGUAGGUAGAAAACUUGAUAUUUAUUUAACUUUUAUCGCAAAAUAUGGUAUGAUUAGGCGAAAAUCCUCGUAUUUUAACAUGUAUAAUAUAUUUUGAUCGGGACUGUGGGUCUGUUCAUUUUAUUUUUGUGUGUGAUCUGUAUUAAAAUUUUAUAAUCCCUGUUAAUAAGGAUUUCAAGGUCGACCUGAUUAUGAAAUUUGUUCAAAUAUAUUGUUAUUGAUACUCGUUUUGUAAAAAAAGUCUAAUAUUGCACUUUGUAGUAUGGAAAGGGUAGGCCUAUGUCAUUUUAACAUGUUUUUAAAAAAUCGAAUCGUGUAAAUUAAUUACUAUCAUUUUAAGCAAAGGAUAAAAUUUAUUUAUUUUUAUUUAAAUAAAAUUUAUUAUGUUUAUGGUAUAUAAUGAUAUCAAAUUGCAUAAAUAUAUAUGAUAGCAAGUUUUAGUCGGUUACGAAAUGCUGCCUUUCUUUCAUAACAUGAUGACACAAAUGUUUGCGUGUAUAUUUUCUGGAAAAAAAAUUUAUUAUAAUAAGACAAGAUAAUAUGGAGUUUGAAAUUUGUAAUUGAUAAUGGAUAUCGCAUCAACUGUUGAAUAUUUGUUACUUCAAAAGAAGAUUUGUUACUUCAUUCGUAUUGUGCAUCAUAACAUAAUCAUUAGUAUCAAUAUCAUCAUCAUCAUCAUCGUCGCCAUUAUCAUCAUCAUCGUCGUCGUCAUUGUCAUCAUCAUCAUUACAUCAAAGGAGUAGGAUUUUGAAAUGAAAUACGAUUUUGAUACGAGAAGGAUCAAUUGUCACCAAAAUUUUUGGAAUAUACUGGGGGUGUUACACGAGACAUCUUGUCAGUGAUUUUCACUGACAAAUUUUCUCUGAGCCAAUCAAAUGCAAGGAUUUCAGUAGCUUAUAACAGAUAGUCAUUGAAAAUUACUCAAUGUUUGUUUCAUGAAAUGUUUCCCAGGUGUACUAAUAAUUUUGUCGAUUAAAACAGGUCAAGAUCUUGUGAAAGCUGCUUAUUACAAUGGGUUAAAAUGGUAGAAUUAGUUGUCUGGUGGUCGUUCCAUUAAUUGGGUUAUGGAAAUGUCAUAACUUUGUUAUUUCUUGUCAAAUUUUGACGAAAUCUCAGUGUUUUAUUUAUCUGAUUUUUUAUUAUAAUAUUUUCAGCCUUGAAUACCCUUUUAAGUUUGAAAUAUUUUUUUACGAUUGUAUUUCAGAUUUCUCUGAUUAUCUAUUAGGUUUUAUCCAUUAACACUGUAAAAUAUGCAAUGUGAUCAUAACUAUUUUGACACUCUGUAAUAAGCUCUUGCCUUUAGGUCACGAAUGUUUGCUUCAAUAUAACGAUUUGGAAUUCAAAAAAUCCUUUUUCGCGUGUAUUAUUGCAAAAAAUAUUAAUGUUAUGGGCAAUAAAACGUGUCAAAGUAUAUUAUCAAAUUA